GCGCACCAAUUAGGGUUUUUGAAGUAAUAUAUAAGGGCUACGAGUGGACUUGGCCUUUCUUCUGGAUGCUGCAUUUUUUGCUUGCUGUUAUUUUUUUUAAUAUAUGGCUCGUGCUACAAAUAUUCAACUCCUUCGUCUCUCUCGUCUAUCACUAUGGCUGGCCGGAAAGGGACGCUUUACUCGUCAACCGUAGAUGUCAAAGGAAAUGGGUUUCUUGAGCGCAAGAAAGUGAGCAAAGAAGCAGCAAAUCCAAGUUUUGCUGACCUUCCAUUAUGCCUCCUGGAAGUAAUAAUAUCUCAACUUGACUUAAAAGAUAACAUACGCGCCUCCGCUGCCUGCAAAAUAUGGCGCGAAGCCGGUCUAUAUGUCCGGUUAGUAGACAAGCCUCCUUGGCUAAUGUACUUACCGAAACGUGGCAACUCGUUUGAAAUGUACGACCCAUUGCAAAAGAAGAUGUACACACUGAAUCUACCUGAGCUAUCUAAAUCCACAGUGUGUUACUCAAGAGACGGAUGGUUACUUAUGCGCAAGACCGCUUCACACCAAAUAUUUUUCUUCAAUCCGUUUACCCGUAAGCUCAUAAACUUACCAAAGCUUGAGUUAUCAUACGAUGCAAUUGCUUUCUCGUGUGCACCUACAUCAGGUACUUGUGUUGUGCUAGCGUUUAAGAAUGUUGAGUAUGGUACCGUCACUACGAGCACUUGCCAUCCGGAAGCAACCGAGUGGGUUACUGAAGGUUUAGUUUGUUAUCUUCGUUAUAGAAGUGAUUCACUUAAGCACAGCAAUAUUGUCUAUGCAAACCGUCGCUUCUAUUGCCUAGACGAUAAAGGACGCUUAUAUUACUUUGAACCGUCUUCUCGAGAAUGGUCUUUUAGUUACACGUAUUCACCGCCGUGUCCUUAUAUCUCUGCUAGAUAUGAGCGAAAGAAGAAAAGAGUUUUCUUGGCGGUGCGUAAAGGAGUGUUCUUUACAAUAUAUACAUGCGGAGGUGAGAAACCUAUGGUGUAUAAACUGGAUAAAUUUUCGGACUGGGAGGAGAUCAAUAGUACUACGCUUGAUGGCUUGACAAUUUUCACGAGUCUUUAUUCUUAUGAGAUGAGAGUUAAUCUCCCAUGGAUGAGGCAUAGUGUUUACUUCCCGAAGGUUCGUUUAAGCAACAAGUGUUGUGUAUCGUAUUCGUUUGAUGAAGAGAGGUACUUCCCGCGUAAGCAGUGGCAGGAACAGGAGGACUUAUGUCCUGUUGAGAAUCUUUGGAUAAGGCCACAUAAGAAAGCUAUAGAGUACAUGUGAAGCUAGCGCAAUGGUGAGUGUCAGAUCAUUUCAUUUAUCUUAAGACGUUUCUCUCUUCUUUUUUAUUGCUUUGGACCAGCUGAGAUACUUGCUUUAUUUAUUAUGUUUAUCUACUUUUUUUAAUCUAAUUAUAAAGAUUUGAUUUUUUUAUUCU